AGCUCGUCAUAUGAGCAGCUGAAAGAGAAGCGCGCAUGGGACGUGGCGAUCGCGCCGGCCAAGUCGCUCCCGAUGCAGGCGUUCAUGCUGUACAUGUCCGGCGGCGGCGUGCAGAUCUUCAGCAUGGGCAUCGUGUUCAUGCUCCUGCUCAGCCCGUUCAAGAACCUCGCGUCGAUCAACAGCGCGUUCGCGCCGUUUGCGCCGGCGAAGACGGACCCGAAGGCGCUGACUACGCUCCCGCUGCAGAAGGUCGCGUACCUCGCGUGCAACGUGCUCACGCUCGCGCUGGGGCUAUGGAAGUGCCGCAGCAUGGGGCUGCUGCCCACGGGCACAGGGGACUGGCUCGCGUUCGAGACGAGGGGGCAGGUGCGUCGUCUCGCGUUGUCUGAGAACGGGUAUGACUGGUCGUGCUGA